AUGACCAGAUCUCAUCUGCCCCUCCUAUGUCUCCUCCUCUUCUUCCUCAAUUUCGCCACUUCUCAUGACGAUGUGACGAUCAUGCAAGCCCUCAGAUCGAGCCUGACUCUCACCUCAUAUGGCAACUGGUCAGACCCCGACCCUUGCAAAUGGGAAGCCGUCCAGUGCGACGGAAGCAAGCGCGUCACGAUGAUCCAGCUCAAACAGAAAGGGAUCCAAGGGACUCUCCCUCCUGAUCUCGGGAAACUCUCGGAGCUCAUCGUUCUCGAGUUUUUCUCCAACAAAAUCUCCGGUCCGGUUCCCGAUCUCUCCGGACUAACACAUCUACAGACGCUGAAUCUUCACGACAAUCUCUUCAAUUCGACUCCAGAUAAUCUCUUCUCCGGGAUGAACUCGAUACAAGAAGUCUGCCUCGACAACAAUCCCUUCUCUUCUUGGAAGAUUCCUGAGACUGUCAAAGAAGCAACGUCUCUCAAGAGCCUCUCCCUCGUCAACUGCAGCGUCACCGGUUCAAUUCCUGAUUUCUUCAGUUCCGAGACGCUCCCUAACCUCGUUUCUUUAAAGCUGUCUCGGAACAAUCUCCACGGAGGGUUGCCUGAGAGCUUCGGACGCUCGUCGUUACAGCAACUCUAUCUCGACUGGCAGAUUCUCAACGGGUCAAUCUCGGUGUUACAGAGCAUGACUUCUCUUGUCGAGUUUAAUGUCCGAGCUAAUUUCUUUUCAGGUUUCAUCCCUGAUCUCUCUGGUUUGCAGAAUCUAACACUGUUCAAUGUUAGAGAUAAUAAACUCACCGGUCUUAUCCCACCGUCGCUCACUGCUCUCCCAAAUCUCACUGUCGUGAAUUUAACUAAUAACUACAUUCAAGGACCGAUGCCGUUAUUCCAGAAAUCAGUCGAAGUUGAUGCAAUUUUCGCCGCGGGUAGAUUCUGUCAGGAGACUCCUGGUACUCCGUGUGAUCCACAAGUCCAGACAUUGAUUUCUAUAGCUGAGUCGUUUGGAUUUCCGUUGAAUCUUGCCAAGGGUUGGAAAGGGAAUGAUUCAUGUGAUACCUGGCUCGGGAUUAAUUGUUACGAAAGUCACAUUACAGGGAUUAGCCUAUGGGGUCAGGAGCUCAAGGGUUCGAUAUCUCCGAGUUUUGCUAAUCUUACUUCCUUGGAAUUGAUCGAUCUUUCUAAUAACAACCUCACCGGGAGUAUACCGACAGAGCUUACCACUUUGCCUAAGCUUAGAAUACUAGAUGUGUCUAACAACAAUAUCAACGGUGAUGUCCCGAAGUUCAGCGGAAAUGUGAUUGUGGUGACUACUGGUAACGCUAACAUCGGAACGAAGAAUAAAGGAACUCUUGCAAAAAAAGAAUAA